AUGUAUAAACUACAGCUGCUUAAUGUGUUUCUCAACGAAAAAUUAACCGCAGUUCCUUUGGAGAUAUCCGUGGCACUAGUUAAAAAAACGAUAGCAGAGCACCAGGAAGAAAUCUGCCGUUUGAGACGGGCGAAUGCACGUUUACGAAGACUCCUGGAUUUGGUUUUCAAACCAGAGAUAAAGUUGCAUAGAUUAGCAGAUUUGUUACUCUAUCUCUCUAUUUGAUUUUCAUUUGACAUUUAGUCGAACUUCAGUCCUAAAAAUAUGAGAGGCUUUGCGUACCACAUAAAUGAGCCAUAUACUGACAGUGGGAGAAUUUAAAAAUGUUUUGCUAAAUUCCUCGCCUCUCCUCCGCAGGGUUGCCAGGUCAAACAAAUUAUUUUAGCCCAAUAAACCCGCCCAAAAGGCCUGUAAACUAGGCCCCUCAAAAAAUCACACCCUUAUUAAACUCCCCAGAUAAUUUUCUGUUAAACUAUGUCUAUUUAACUCGUUUGACUGCUAUGAUUAAGGCACAAGGGGGUAUGGUAUAUUGCUAAUAUACCACGGCUAAGGGCUGUUCUUAAGCAUGACGCAACACAGAGUGCCCGAAUACAGCCGUUAGCUGUGGUAUAUUGGCCAUAUACCACAAACCCCCGGGGUGCCUUAUUGCUAUUAUAAACUGGUUACCAACUUAAAUGUUUUUUUUGCCAUACCCGUGGUAUAUGGUCUGAUAUACCACAGCUUUCAGCCAAUCAGCAUUCAGGGCUUGAACUAGGUUUAUAAUUGUAAAUAAAAUCCUUUGCAUAACUAUAGAUAAAUCCGACAGGAUAGUUUGAGUGAUGAGAGUUGGACAGAGGAUCUCAAUCUCUGAGCAAGAAACACUUGGAUGAACUUAAACUAAUGUUAGGCUAUUUUCCGGCAAUUGUGCUGUUAUUAUGUGCCAGAUGGGCUCCAGAGUGGCGCAGCGGUCUAAGGCACUGUAUAUCAGUACUUGAGGCAUCACUACAGAUACCCUGGUUCGAUUACAGGCUGUAUCACGACCGGCCGUGAUUGGGAGUCCCAUAGGGCGGCGCACAAUUGGCCCAGCGUUGGCCGGUGUAGGCCGUCAUUGUAAAUAAGAAUUUGUUCUUAACUGACUUGCCUAGUUAAAUAAAGGUUAAAUUUAAAAACAUAAAAAUAAAAUGUAAAGCUACAAAUCAUUAUAAAUGGCCCAUUUGCGAGAUUGACUUGUCAUUUCAGUAGGCAUAGGAUACAGAAUACAAUCUGGGUUUAUGAUUGUAUCUAACGGAUAUGGAGAAAUUUCCGAAUACGAUCAUGACAGAAGUAUUUUUUUGUAAUUAUCCGGAAAAAGGUCAUUUUCAGCUGCCAGCACGCAUCUCUUACACUCAAACAGUGGGUGGUUUCGAUUAUGUUGAGCCGCAGGGCAUUGGGCAAAGGCCUGUUACUUCAUUGGGCGAAAGCGGGGAGGGAGGAGCGCCCUUCUCAAAUCGAAGAGUAGGCUAAUCUGCGCCACUCUGUCAUUUUGUCAACAAGGUAGCAUGGUGCAUCGUCCAGAAACAUACAUCUCUUUUCUGUAAAAUAAAUGUUUUAACCUUCUAACUCGUUUUCAUUGGGAAGGCAGAUAAAGCUCAAAAGCAAUCACUUUUGCAUGUGAAAACACAGAAUCCUACUAAUUACUCCACGUGCUCUUACGUCAUUUUGUUUUGGGCGGACUUCGUUGUGGGCUUUGAACGGGCGCCUGGCUCACGCCGGGAGGCAGCCCCGUUCCAAAACUAAUGCAAUCAACUUUCACCCAGUGCAGAACACACCUACACAGAAUCUGUAGCUAGUCAUUGUUGUUCAAUCAAUCUAGUUAUUUCCUGUCGACUUUGCUGAUGCCAUAUGGUUGUUUUUGUUUGUCUACUUUGCAUUGUUUAGUAGGCCUACUUUGUCUGUACGUAUAAUUAUUCCAUUGCUGACGAUGUCUGUCAUAAUGUUGUGAUCCAAGCCAAUGCUUGCUUGCAAUGUCUAUUUAUUAGUGAUGGGUCAUGCGCACAAGCAUCGGCUCUGAGAGCCGGCUCUUUGUAGUGAAUCAGAAGAGCCGGCUCGCAUCGAGUGAGAGCCGGCUCCCAGUUUUUUGCCCAUUCGCUGCUUAGGUUUCACUUUCACAGAGGUCUGUUAUGAUUGGCCAGCAUGGCGACCAGCAUGCGGCAUUCACGUGAGAAUUAAGGAUGUGUAAACAGAGAGGGGGCGGGGCAGACACACCACUUGACUCCACUGCAAGUGAAGAGAGAGACAGAGCGGACUGAGGAGCGUGUGUGCGUCUUGCAUUGUCGUGUCGUUUAACUAUGAGUGACACUAGAAAGCGAAGCAGCAUCUGGCUGCAGUUUAAAGAUAUUGGGAACAAGAAAGCAGAGUGCCUUCACUGCAAAACGAAGGUCACUAUAAGAGCAGGUUCCACCACAAACCUGCAUAGACAUACAAGAACUGUCCAUCCUACAGUGCAGUUAGAGGAGAGAGGGCAAGCCAGCUCACCAUCUACUGAUCCUGGUGUGUCUCAUACCAGAACAACAGCUGCUGUAACGUCUACUGCCAUCCCCAUGCGUGCAAGUAUAACCUCUCCUACUGCAACUCAAAGCAAAAUAAGUCAGUUUUUACCUAAACUGAUGACCCCAGCCAAACAGCACAGUAUUGAUGAUGAGUUGGCUAAAAUGGUAGCUUCUGAUUUUCAACCCUUUUCCAUUGUGGAGGACAAAGGAAUGAAAAACUUUGUCAAAGCCCUAAAUCCCACAUACACUCUACCCAGUAGAAAAACACUUUCCCAAACAAUGAUCCCAAAACUAUAUGACACAGAACGUGCAUUAUGGCAAGAAAGGGUGACAAAAGCUCCAUCAGUUUGCCUGACAACUGACUGCUGGACCUCCAGAACAACCUGCUCUUUCAUGUCUGUCACUUGCCACUUUAUUGAAGAUUACAAGAUGACAUCUUGCCUUCUGGACUGCUUCGAGUUCACCGACAGACACACUGCAGAAAACUUGGCAGUGGAGCUACUAAGAGUGGCAAAAGAGUGGCAAGUAGAGGACAAAGUGGUGUGCUGUGUGAGUGAUAAUGCUGCAAACAUCACCAAAGCCAUAAAAGUUUUGAAGUGGACCCAUCACCCAUGUCUGGCGCAUACACUAAACCUGGUGGUUAGAGAUGCUCUGAAGGUGAUCAAAACAACCGUGGAUAAGGUGAAGGCUGUUGUGGAGUUUUUCCACAAAAGCACAGUAGCAGCACAGAAGCUAAAGUCCACACAGCGCCAAAUGGGGAUUCCUGAACUGAGGCCCAAACAAGAGUGUGCCACCAGGUGGAACUCAACAUUUGAUAUGUUGAAACGAAUGCUUGAAAUAAAAGAUGCCAUCAUCUCCACCCUGGCCCUCAUCAACGCAUCUAUUGAGCCAUUAAGCCAAGAGGAAUGGGAGCUGGUGAAAGAGGUCUGCGCCGUCCUGCAACCAUUCCAGGAGGUGACUGUGGAGAUAAGUGCAGACAGGUACCUAGAACCAUUGAAGCAUUGUUUUCUCUACUACUAUUCAGUCACUAUUAUACAUUGCAAACACAACACAUACAGUAUAAUGCAUCACGUAUAAUAUGCCACAUACUUUUAAAAAACUAAAUUCUAAAAGUUGCUGUUUUCUCUCCUUCAGCUAUGUCACAGCCUCGAAAAUGCUCCUGCUUUGCAAAGGUCUGCAGCUGGUGACAGCCGAGAACCAAUGGACAGUAACUGUGCAGAAAGUGAAGGAAUUAGUUGCAGCUCUUUGUUCAGCCAUGGACCGCAAAUUUCUGCGGAUGGAGUACAACACUGUCCUUUCAGAAACUACCUUAUUGGAUCCAAGGUUUAAAAAACUUGCCUUCAGUGAUCGUAGAGCUGUUGAUGAAGCUCUUCAGAGGAUUAGUGCAGCAGCAGCAGCAAAAUGCACCCCCAGCAGCCAGCCAGCUCCACCAUUACAGGGCCAAGUGGAGGAGGAGCAGCAAACCUCUGCUGUUUGGAGGCUUUUUGAUGACAGAGCUACAGGAGAUGCUUCAAGGAGAAAUCCGACAGCUGAUGCUAUAAUGGAGGUGAGGAGCUACCUUGAGGAGCCCCUCAUCCAGAGAGCAGAAGACCCACUGAGCUGGUGGCAGGCCAAGGCCUCAGUCUUUCCACUCCUGGUGAAGGUGAUGGAGGGGAGACUAUGUAUUGUUGCCACAUCAGUUCCUUCUGAGAGAAUCUUCUCCAAAACAGGGCAGAUACUCACGGAGAGGCGAAAUCGUAUCAGGCCUAUCAGCCCAUCCAAGCUGAGGCAUCUGAUCUUCCUGAAUGCCAACCUGCCCUGAGGACUAAUGCUGUUUGCUGGAGUUUGGUUCUGGUUUUGAUUCUGUUCUGUGGAUUUGUUUGAAGUUUAUUGUUAAUUUGUGCAAUAAAAAAGUUUAAUUGAAAUAAACAAAUGUAAGAGUGGUUUUGUCACAGAAUAAAUGCACAGAAUUAGGCAUUAUAAGGUCUCUCAUAAAAACACUGAAAGCAAAAGGGUUUUCAACACAUAAACCAUGAUUUUUUUUCAAAGUUAAGGUAAAAUAUAGGCUACAAAAGAUCCUAAAUAAAGAGCCGUUCGGGAGUCGAAAGAGCCGGCUCUUCUUUGGGAGCCGAGUCAAAAGAGCCGGCUCUCAGAAAAGAGCCGAACUUCCCAUCAUUACUAUUUAUUCUCACCCAGGCAUGUUUACCGAGCAACAUAUCAUUAGAACAUAAAAUGACAAAUGUAGAGAGUUUAUUUUGUACAAAUGUUGUGGCAUAAGUGUCGGGAGAGAAAAGUUUUGCUCCUCUCGAAAGUGAAACAAUGUAUGGGGAAACGAAUUAGCCUACCUUCACCUAAAUCUGUGUCUAGAAUAAAUGCAGGCAGUAGUAGACAGCCAUGCAUUAGGCUGUUUUGUUCAGUGGCGACCUGUCAUUCAGGGCAGGUGAGGCAGAGCCACACCAGUUUUGAGCUCCACCUGUUUAGCUAAAGAAAAUAAAGAAUUUUUGUUUUUGUUGUUGCCUGUUUUGCAUGUUAUUUUGGCAUUAAUACAUGUCACAUAUCAGUUUGCAAACAAUGUAAAAAAUGAUUUAUUUAGUUAAUAAAGCUGCAUACAAACAUGGUCUCUUUUUUGCUUUCUUGAGUAAGGCAGCUCCAAAAUGCAGGUGUUUCAAAUCAAAUCAAAUUUUAUUGGCCACAUGCGCAGAAUACAACAGGUGCAGACAUUACAGUGAAAUGCUUACUUACAGCCCUUAACCAACAGUGCAUUUAUUUUUAAUAAAAAAAUAAAAAUAAAACAACUAUAAAAAAGUGUUGAGAGAAAAAAAGAGCAGAAGUAAAAUAAAAUAACAGUAGGGAGGCUAUAUAUACAGGGGGGUACCGGUGCAGAGUCAAUGUGCGGGGGCACCGGCUAGUUGAGGUAGUUGAAGUAAUAUGUACAUGUGGGUAGAGUUAAAGUGACUAUGCAUAAAUAAUUAACAGAGUAGCAGCAGCGUAAAAAGAUGGGGUGGGGGUGGGGGGGCAGUGCAAAUAGUCCGGGUAGCCAUGAUUAGCUGUUCAGGAGUCUUAUGGCUUGGGGGUAGAAGCUGUUGAGAUGUCUUUUGGACCUAGACUUGGCACUCCGGUACCGCUUGCCGUGCGGUAGCAGAGAGAACAGUCUAUGACUAGGGUGGCUGGAGUCUUUGACAAUUUUGAGGGCCUUCCUCUGACACCGCCUGUUAUAGAGGUCCUGGAUGGCAGGAAGCUUGGCCCCAGUGAUGUACUGGGCCGUACGCACUACCCUCUGUAGUGCCUUGCGGUCGGAGGUCGAACAGUUGCCAUACCAGGCGGUGAUGCAACCAGUCAGGAUGCUCUCGAUGGUGCAGCUGUAUAAUUUUUUGAGGAUCUGAGGACCCAUGCCAAAUCUUUUCAGUCUCCUAGGGGGAAUAGGCUUUGUCGUGCCCUCUUCACGACUGUCUUGGUGUGUUUGGACCAUGAUAGUUCGUUGGUGAUGUGGACACCAAGGAACUUGAAGCUCUCAACCUGUUCCACUACAGCCCCGUCGAUGAGAAUGGGGGCGUGCUCAGUCCUCUUUUUUUUUCCUGUAGUCCACAAUCAUCUCCUUUGUCUUGGUCACGUUGAGGGACAGGUUGUUAUCCUGGCACCACACGGCCAGGUCUCUGACCUCCUCCCUAUAGGCUGUCUCAUCGUUGUCGGUGAUCAGGCCUACCACUGUUGUAUCGUCGGCAAACUUAAUGAUGGUGUUGGAGUCGUGCCUGGCCAUGCAGUAAUGGGUGAACAGGGAGUACAGCCUAGCUCAGUGCUUUCUGUGGUGAAGGGUCAGCCAGCGGAAAAUACAGAGCGUAGUCGUUGGUAAUCUUCUCUAGUUGCGCCGUGAUUGGCUCAGUGUUCUGUCUCAUGGGGACACUACGUCACCGCAAAAUCUACAGGGAGAGCUUGAAAGUUCAAGCCCCAUUUGGUGCUGCCAUAGAGUUACAUUAGAAGUGCCCAUCCAAGAAGGCUCAAGGUCAUUGGUCACAGAUAAAAUGAUGUCAAAUCACGUUAUAUGUACAGUAGCUUUGAUUGGACUGAUCAUGACAUCCUACUUUCAAAAUCUUAGCUAGCAAGCUAGACAAGCAGUCAUCAUGAAUCACGUCGACAAUCUACUUGCAAAUCCUUUUCAAGCCUUGUCAUAUGAAGAGAAAUUAUAGAUCAAACGUAUCGGUGCUCAUUGGCCAUUGGACAUGAACAUUACACAACAAGUUGGAAAGAAUCAGUGGCUCACUGCAAGCGUUGCAAAGCAAUCACUAUUUCACUUCCCCUGCCUGCUAUUCGGUGGAGAGGGUGUGUGGUCCAAGUCUGGGUUUAAGGGUCUCUUUUCCUAGCUUAAAAGGAUAAACAUUCACAGGCAACACCAUGUGCCAGAAAAGGUUGAAUACAUUGGCCAUGCUGUCAAGCCAGCAUGACUUCUGCCACGUUCAAAACAACUGGAAAUCUCAGACUUCAGUUAGUUCAAGACAACUGGGAACUCUGGCUUCUUUCUAGAGCUCCGACCUGACGAUCACUGACGUCAUGAUUCAACCUUGUUUUUUUCAGAGUUCCCAGUUGUUUUGAAAGCACCAUAAAUCCAGAGAAUGCCAGACUUUGAUGACAAAGUUUCAUGACAAAAUUUGCCCACAAGAAGGACUGCCACGCCUUCCUGUUCAAGUGAGAACAGCACAACUGUGAGUCCAAAAAUGUAUUUAUGAAAUAUGCCAGGGAGAUAGCCUAUGUAUACUGUAGCUAAGAAAGUAAUACUAAGUGUAUGUCGUGUAGUAAGCUGUUAGUAGCCCAUGUGCCUUACCCUAAUAAUUUGAUCCCUUUCCCCGAGUGGCGCAGCGGUCUAAGGCACUGCAUCGUAGUGCUAGAGGCGUCACUACAGACCCGGGUUCGAUCCCGGCCGUGAUCGGGAGUCCCAUAGGGCGGCGCACAAUUGGCCCAGCAUCGUCCGGGUUAGGGAAGGGUUUGGCCAGGGUAGGCCAUCAUUGUAAAUAAGAAUUAGUUCUUAACUGACUUGCCUAGUUAAAUAAACAUUGAAUAAAACAAUUACAAUAAAAAAUAACUUAGCCUACUGUUCUGACUUGGUUGUGCACAUGUAGUCUGUUUUAGAAAAUUGAUUUAAAUUGUUUUUUUCCUCAUCAAUCUACACACAAUAAUGAAAAAGCAAGAAAAGGUUUUUGGAAAUGUAUUAACAAAAAACGGAAAUAUCACAUUUACAUAAGUAUUCAGACCCUUUACUCACUACUUUGUUGAAGCACCUUUGGCAACGAUUACAGCCUCGGGUCUUCUUGGGUAUGACGCUACAAGCUUGGCACACCUGUAUUUGGGGAGUUUCUCCCGUUCUUCUCUGCAGAUUCUCUCAAGCUCUGUCAGGUUGGAUGGGGAGCGUCGCUGCACAGCUAUUUUCUCUCCAGAGAUUUUAGAUCGGGUUCAAGUCCAGGCUCUGGCUGGGCCACUCAAGGACAUUCAGAGACUGCCACCACCAUGCUUCACCGUAGGGAUGGUGCCAGGUUUCCUCCAGACGUGACGCUUGGCAUUCAGGCCAACGAGUUCUAUCUUGGUUUCAUCAGACCACAGAAUCUUGUUUCUCAUGGUCUGAGAGUCUUUAAGUGGGCUGUCAUGUGCCUUUUACUGAGCAGUGGCUUCUGUCUGGCCACUCUACCAUAAAGGCCUGAUUGGUGGAGUGCUGCAGAGAUGGUUGUCCUUCUGGAAGGUUCUCCCAUCUCCACAGAGGCACUCUAGAGCUCUGUAAGAGUGACCAUCGGGUUCUUGGUCACCUCCCUGACCAAGGCCCUUCUCCCCCGAUUGCUCAGUUUGGCCGGGCGGCCAGCUCUAGGAAGAGUCUUGGUGGUUCCAAACUUAUUCCAUUUAAGAAUGAUUGAGGCCACUGUGUUCUUGGGGACCUUCAAUGCUGCAGACAUUUUUUGGUACCCUUCUUCAGGUCUGUGCCGCGACACAGUCCUGUCUCGGAGCUCUAUGGGCAGUUCCUUCAACCUCAUGGCUUGUUUUUUGCUCUGACAUGCACUGUCAACUGUGGGACCUUAUAUAGACAGGUGUGUGCCUUUCCAAAUCAUGUCCAUUCAAUUGAAUUUACCACAGGUGGACUCCAAUCAAGUUGUAGAAACAUCUCAAGGAUGAUCAAUGGAAACAGGAUGUACCUGAGCUCAAUUUCGAGUCUCAUAGCAAAGGGUCUGAAUACUUAUGUAAAUAAGGUAUUUCUGGUUUUUAUGUUUAAUACAAAAAUUUAUAAUAACUUGUUUUCGCUUUGUCAUUAUGGGGUAUUGUGUGUAGAUUGAUUGAGGAUUUUUAUUUAUUUUAUCAAUUUUAGAAUAAGGCUGUAACGUAACAAAAUGUUGAAAAAGUAAAGCGGUCUGAAUACUUUCCGAAUGCACUGUAAGUAUAGCCAAUCUAUUUAGAACCUCCAGGGGCAUAGCUAAGCUGGUAAACUUAUUUUCAACCAACCUCCAUUUGGCAAUACUUUAUUCAUUUUGGAUUCGGAAGGCACUGGGUGUCUUAUAAACGCCUGUUUCCAGUUGCAGGUGGAACUCCGAUAACCAGAGAAUAAUCAGAACAAUAUUUAAACAAUUUUUUUGCACAGUGAGGAACUCCCUUUCCAAUUUAGCUGCCGGAGAUCUCGCAUUUCCCAACAUCUUUGCAGGAAGUAUUAAUUUCUAAGUGACACGGCCACAUGUAGAAGAAGAUGACAGCGCGACUCAGGGUGCGUUCGUAAAUUCACUCUGGCUAUCUACUCCGAUUUCAGAGCACUCUUGUCUGAGUGUGCCAGAGCGCAGAAUAACUGAGUAAUUAACGAAUGUGACCGGUGUCAGUCAACGUUGAAUAUGACCGGUGUCAGUCAAGGUCGGCAAAGAAACGUAAUUCAAUUCUUGACAGCAGCACAGUUACAGUCAACAACACUCUAGAUAACAUGAAAACAGCCUAACCAGCUCUGCUAAGGUGAGUAAAAUGGUCAGAAUGAGGUGUUCUCUCAUUUGUCUGGAAGUAGCUAGCACGCUAGCCAACUUUAGCCAGUUAGCUUGGUUGUGAGGUCGGAACGCUCGGAUCAAAAACGCUCUGAAUUUACGAUCGCCCAGAGCGCACUCAGGCACUCCAGAGUGAAUUUACGAACACACCCUCAAAUAACACAAAACAACGAUCUACACACAUGCCAGAGACAUUUCUCACUUGGUAUAAAAAGUGAAUUCAAUAUUUUUCUGAAGUCUCUUAUCGGAGUUCCACCUGCAACUGUUAAGAGGCGUUCAUAAGACCCUUUUAUGACACUGCAAUUACCAUAGGCUACCAAUUUCACAGCAAAAACAAUAUGUUAUUCAUAAUCUAUAUUUUAGGCCAUUUUGUAUUCAAUUGUAUCUAAUCCAUUUUUGAAAGAGUAGACCUAUUAUAUUUUACUGGGAUGCAUUGUGUGUUAAGUCCAAUAAUCAGUCAAAGGUAGGUAAUAGCCCUAUUUCUUGUCUCUUUUCAGUGUUUAAGUUUCAUCCUUUCUUCCCUCCAGACCUCCAGCAACUCACUCUUUCUGAAGAGGAGGUUAACCGUGGCCAACAGCACUGUGAGCAGGAAUGGCGUGCCAGUCUGGGGCCGGUGGAGUUUGAUGCCGUAGAGUCUAUAUGGGACUCUAUAAACAUCAUAACGGUAGAGAACCAAACAGAAUCUGAAGACGAGAGCAACAGAGAGUCCCAAUCAACCAGUGACUAUCAGCCCCCGUCUGAUGUAAAUCCAGACAGUGAAGGUGAUAAUGAAAAAGUGGAUGGAGUGGUGAGUAGAAUACCACCGUCAGGGUUAAAGCCUCUCAGAUCAAAGGGGGGAAGAAGACGGCCAAGGAAACACCAGUGA